GUUCAUGCUUUAUAGACACGACAAUAUUUAGUAAUAAAAUGUUUAGAGGUGAUAAUCCUCAUUCUUUGAGUUAUGAACAGCAAGCAAAGUUUAUACAAGAUCGCAUUACAAACGUGGAAAAGAACUUUGGUGUGUUAUGUGUAGCUUUUGGCGAUUAUUCUAGAAAAACAGCAAGGUUGCGCGAUAUGGGAGAUGAACUCACUAAGGUCCUCAAAGACUACGCGAAUAACGAGAUCGUGAAUAAAUCAUUGAGUACCGGUUUGGAUAAUCUUUCCAUGACACUUACUGCUAUAGAAGAAUAUAGAAACUGCGAGGUUCAACGUCUGGAAGCUAAGGUAGUUGGAGAAUUGUGCCAAUAUGAAGCUAUUUGCAAACACGCACGAGAAGAGUUAAAACAUACCAUGAAUGUUAGGGAAAAGGAAUUGGCGAGGAAGAAAGUACUAGACAAGGCCAAGGAGAGACAACCGUUCAACAGGCAACAAGUAACAUAUGCAGAAUCGGAAUUAUUGAAAGCCUCAGCAGAAAUGUCAAGAACCGCCAAAGGUCUUAGCGAGCAAACUGAAUUCUUCGAGAGACGCAAACUCCAGCAACUGAAAAGCCUUCUAUCUGAUUUUGUCAUGAUAGAAAUGACUUUCCAUGCAAAGGCCGUAGAAUUACUCACGGUAGCAUAUCAGCAAAUUAGUGAUAUUAACGACAAAGCUGAUUUGGAGAACUUUAGAAGAAAAUUAAGGUCUCCAGAAAAACAAGUGAACACUGGAAUAUCGGCAAGAUCUUCAUCGUUAGCUUCCCUCAUGAAUCAACAAUCCCCAUCUAAAGAUGAUACUAUGAGUUUAAGAAGACUGAAAUCACCCGAGAAGAAUAACUUGGGGAGGUCAAACUCACUGGCUACCCUUUUGAAUCACUCAUCGUCUAAAGACGAGGAAGAGACUACGGCAUCCGAAGAGUCGGAUGAGAACGACACCACAGAAGAUACCGAAUCUCGCUAAUGAGGUGUAUUUUAAGUGAAUAAACG